UAAACUUGCACUUCUUUCGUGUUCCCUUCUCUUCACCAAACGAGUUCCUUCAACGCAUUCUCAUCUGGAGUCGGAGAUGUAUAUCAAACAGGAAGCAGAGCCAGUCUUCCCCUCCAUUAAAGAAGAAGAACAGGAAGAUGAAAUCAUCGCAGUGACCGUCGGUGUGAAGAGCGAAGAAGAUGAAGGUCUAAGCGAAGAGAGCGGAGCAGCGACACCUACAAGCGACAGCUCCUUUCAGCACCUGAUCACAAAAGAAGAGGGACGAGCGCAUCCGGACGGCUUCUUAGCUACCGUUUCGGACAGCGACGACAUAACCUCACACUCUUCUGACCCUGAUACUAAUGAGGAGGAUUUUAACUUUGACCAAAAUGCUUUAAAAUCCUUAAACAGGUCAUCAUUGAAAAUAAACGCAAAAGAAUGUGCGGGUGGAAAACCGUUUUCCUGCUCACUUUGCGACAAAGGAUUUUCUCGGAAGUCUGAUUUGAAAAACCAUAUACGUACACACACUGGAGAAAAGCCUUUUGCCUGCACAUAUUGUGGUAAAAGAUUCGCCCACAAGGGAAGUUUAAACGUGCACACAAGAACACACACUGGAGAGAAGCCUUUCACCUGCUCACUUUGUGAUAAAAGAUUUUAUCACAAAAGUUAUGUGGAGACGCAUAAGCGUUCACACACUGGGGAAAAGCCUUUUGCCUGCACAUGUUGUGGUCAACGAUUCACCCAGACUGGAAAUUUAAAGAAACAUAUAAGCACACACACUGGAGAGAAGCCUUUCACAUGCUCACUUUGCAAGAAAAGAUUUUCUCAGAAGGUACUGUUAGAAAAUCACACACGUACACACACUGGAGAAAAGCCUUUUGUCUGCACAGUUUGCGAUAAAAGAUUUUCUCAGAAGUCUCAUUUAACAACACAUAAGCGUAUACACACUGGAGAGAAGCCUUUCGUCUGCACAGUUUGCGACAAAGGAUUUUCUCGCAAGGCUAAUGUUAUAACGCAUAUGCGUACACACACUGGGGAAAAGCCUUUUGUCUGCACACUUUGCAACAAAAGAUUUUCUCAGAAGUGUAAUUUAACAAUGCAUAAGUGUACACAGACUGGAGAAAGUCUUUUGUCUGCACAUGUUGUGGUGUAUAUCAACACUUGACGAGUCUAAUCAAAAGAUCUGACGAAGGCAGAAGUGUUAGCCGAAACAUGUCAGGUAAUUAAAUCACGUACCAUUGUCUGGGAUAAAAGAAAAUGUUGACUAAAGUCCUGGUCUUUUUCACUACUAUCCAAUUAUCUUGAGUUAUUUUAUUUUUUUGAUUGAGCGAAUUGAGUUUAGUUUAGGUGAGGUUACUUCAGUGACGUGCGGUGAGGUUCAUGGUUGGUGAGGCACUGACUCCUUUAGUGUCAGAUUUCCAAAUAUAUAAACCAAAAAGGGUAGCUUAUUCAAUUGGCUACUGGUUAUUUCAUAUCUCAUCAGCAUUCUUCACAAAACGCGCACACACGGUACAUAUUAUCGAUACGUAAAAGUAAGAAAAUAACAUGCAUUUGCUCCACACCCUCAAUGUGUUGGCCGUCGCCAUUCUAUAAUUCAUGCAACAUAAAUGAGAGUAAAGAGUGGUGUACAAAACCACGGAAUUCAAUUCUGACCUUUAGUGAAAUAUUCCGUUGUUUUUAAAACUUUUAAUUCUGAAACUUUAAUCAAUUUAUUACAGAUUGCUAAACAAAAAGUGUGAAAAGAAAAACAAAGAAUAUUUUAUUUAAGGCCAAAAUUUAGUUUUUAAAUAUUCUAUUGUAUUUUUCUUGGUCCAAGCUCUUUUUUUUUAUUUUAUUUUUUUAAAAUAAGAUUGAAAUGAAAACUGUUUGUGGUCUUGCACCUGUCCUUCACCACAAAAACCGGCGUUACUUUGGAAGGGCAUAGGUUUGGUCUCAACAUUCGUAGGGACGAUAUAACAGCAUAACCUGCAUGUAGGUACACUUUUUGCUGGGGACGGGACAUUAAUUAGACCAAACAGAUUGGAUGAAGGGGGCAAAGGGCCACAUUUCUCAUGUAUAUGAACCUAAUUAAUUAAUAGGCAAAAUGAUCAAUGCAAAAUAAAUCCUUAUCUACUGAUAAUAACUUUUACGUGCAUUGGUUCAGAUGAUACACUGUUCGAUUCAAACCUUUGUUUUCAAAAAAUACUCAAGAAACAUUUUGAAAACUUCCUGAAUAAAUGUCUGUUUUUUAUUAGCAAACAUAAACAUAGUGAAAAUAAUUCACUUAAUAAUGGUAGGGUCAAUUCUAUCCUUACAACAUAUGGAACUAUUGAAAGAUCUAAAUUCUCUAUAUAACUGAACAUUAUAUCAUGCAAAAAAGGUAAGGUUGCUUAAAAGUUUGGUGGGGACAAUUUUAGCAUGCUGAAAAGUUGGUAGUGCUAUGUCCCUACCGUCCCUAUGCAAACCGACGCCCUUUUAGUAAAAGUCCUCCUUAUUUUCCUUUACUUUAAAAAAAAUUCUCCGCCUCAAUGGAGAGGAUUGCUUCAAUUAGAUCGUUCUGUGUUCUAUUUGACAAGCCAGAAAACACAUUGGAUGUGUCCAAAUGUCUAGCUAACCUUUCAUCUUUCUCAGCAAAACCUUGUAAUCGUUCUACAUAUGUGCCACGUUUAGAAGAGCUCCACGCUCAUCGUUACCACGAAAUGUUAACUCCUGUUUAGCUAGGAUGCAGGUUGCAUUAAUGAGGUCUUUCAAACUCUUAUCUUUACCUUAGAAUUGAGGAUGCUACCGCUGAGCUUCUGCUGUUCGUCAAAGCCAAAUCGAUCCUUGAGUUUCCAAAAGUUUUUAAAGCAAACAGGCUUUGAAUGUGAGUGGUCGAGCUCUCAUGUUUGCUGAGGCUUCGUGGUAGUUUUUUAAUGUCACAAUAUCUCGUGUUAGUCCAGACAUUGGCACAAGUUGGGAAGAAAAGGAAGGGAAAGCAGCAAAGGCGAUUUUUCGAAGGACAGCCACAUAGCCAGUCUUUUCGGGUGUACCAGUCCAUUUGAAAAGCGCGAGUUAUCCUCUGUCCCGUAGUUUGAAGCAAACCUUUUAGCUCCGUGUUGUGUUAACCGCGUCCACUUUUAACGGAAAGUCCAGUUUCACGUACGCCCCCUUGCAGUGCGGCAGAGUACUAUCUGCCUCAACCUUGUGUAACCGCGUCCACUUUUAACGGAAAGUCCAGUUUCACGUACGCCCCCUUGCAGUGCGGCAGAGUACUAUCUGCCGCAACCUGAGCCUUUUCACUGCGGUUUUAUUUCCCAUCAGCAAAACUAAAUAUGUCGCUAACAAACAUUAAACUUUAAGGGUUAAAGACAUUAGCCAGACUGAGGAAAAUCAGGUCAAAUAAACGUAUCUGGAAACAUUAUAAUGGCGACAUGCAGAUGUACGGCAACCAGCACGCUCCAAUUCCAUGUAUCAACCCAGUUUGUUAAGGAUUGCGCAAUCAGAGGUGAGGCUUUACUCGUUGCUGCCGCACCUCUCGUUUCAUUUCUUUAUUUGAACAGGAAAUAGGCAAAUUCAGCGAUUUUGACUAUAAAAAAUGUUUGAAAUGAGUCAUACAUAAAGAGCAAUGGACAAAUAUUAAUAUAAAUUUUUGAUGCUAUGAUUAUUUUUUUUGUCAUGAUGACAGGUGAGGCUCUGCCUCACCUGCCUCCCCUGACCGCACGUCACUGGGUUACUUCAUAUCAAACUUGAUCUUCUGUUGAUAUUAUGACUUUUCUGGAAUUUUUAUUAUACUCAGAUUUGGCCUUUGUCUCAUCUGUUGGUUGCUUUUGUAAUCUCUUGUAAAGUGAACUUGAGUAUCUUGAAAGGAUAUUUGAAAUAAUAUGUAUUACACUCGUCAACAGUCAAAUUUGUGCAUGAAAUAUUGAUACUAUUUGCAGCUAAAUCGAGGUCACUGAAUGCAUUGCAGAUGUCAGAAUAUAGAAAUUGUCUCUAGUUUGCGAGUUCAUACAGUUUAAAUGGUCUCAAAGAGAAUAUUUUAAUAUUUCUGUAUUUCCUUUAGGACACAAAAGGCUGACAUAUCAAAGAACAGUUUAUUUCAACAAUAAUAUUUUUGUAUUUUUAAGUAUCUUUUUCACCUACUACCUUUGCACUGUAUAGUAGAAUCUACCCACAAUUUCAUUGUAAAUUGUAUGAUUACAAUAAAAGCUAUCCAUCUAUCAUCCCCCGCUUAAUCCAAUGUCAGGUCGCGGGGGCAGCAGCUUUAGCAGGGAAUCCCAGACUUCCCUCUCCCCAGCCUCUCGCCGGUGGGACAAUUUCCGGAACACCUCUCCAGGGAGGCAU